AAUGCAUUCACAUACAAACUGUGGAGAGAGGAAGUAGAUAGUCAUUAGCAUUGCCCCUGUUGCACACAUAGACACACACAGAUACAAACAGAGACUUGACAUCCAGGCUCAGAUAUAGACCUCAGUGUGUGUGUCUGUGUGUGUAUGGGUGUGUGUUUGUGUGUGUAUUUGUGUCUGUUAGUGUGUCUUUAUGACAGCCUUGGUAACUCAUUCACACUCACACACUCAUCAGCACUCUCUCACAGAAGUCUGGGAUUAUUGCCGUCCUGAAAAUGGAAUCAGAUGUGAAAGCCAUCAGGGCUCGCUUCCAGGCCGCUCAGACCGCCAGCCCCCAGACAGACAGCACAGGGUCUCCCUCUCAUCCCGGACGUCUCAAGACGCCCUUGCAUCCCACCCUGUCCUCCUCCUCCACCUCCUCCUCCACUCCCCCCUUCUUGCUGCCCAAGAAGCCUAGCUUUGAUGGCCCCUCCAGCGGAACCUUUCCUUCAAAACCCGCUUUCCCUAAACCCUCGUCCACCUCCUCCUGCAAAGGAGCUCCACGUGGAGGCCAGGAGACGGCCAAGGCUCUGGCCGGCCGCUUCUCCGUGCCCCAGGAGGAACACAGCGGCAGCGGCAGCAGCGGCAAGCCCUUUCCACGCGGCCACCCCGAGCCCACGCUCCCCAAACCCAAACUCCCCGUCCUGAAGCCCCCCGUCGGUGCCCCCCUCACUGAGUCGCGACCUGCCUUCCACAAGCCGCCCCCUGUGAUGCCCACGACCGUCAAGCCCUCCUGGGUGAGAGACGGCGGCGGCGACGGCGGCGGCGGCGGUGGCGGCGCUGGUGGUACAGCCUCCAAUCACGGCAACCAGAUGUGCAAGGCGCCCCCGGCGCAGCAGAAACCGAGCAGCGCCGUCACGAAGACAUGGCUGCACGGCGAGGACGCCAAAGCGGAGUCCGAGAACAAACACAUCAACUUCUCGGCCUCCCGGCUGCCCAUGGGCUUCACCAUCGCCCCCAUCAGCGCUUCCGGGGCGAUGGCGAUGGAGAAGACGAAGCCGAACCCGCCGAAGGCGGCGGACGCCAGGAAUUCCACCCCUCCUCCGAAGCCUCUGGUCAAUAAGAAGCCUGGUAGUUUCAUCAGGAGGAACUUGGACUCCCGUCCGGCUCCUCAGCAAAAUGGGGGGGAUCCGGACGGGGCGCCCAGGAGGAACCCCCUGCCCAACCCCCUGCUGCUCGGCCCGCCGCCCGCCAAACCCAGCCGCCCGCCCCGGGUCAACCUGGACCGCUUCAGGGGACAGGCCAAAGGCCCUGAUCAGGGACCAGUCAUUGUCCCGCCUCCACCAGCUUCUCACCCCAGUAACGAAAGCAACGGUGGUGUGACCCCGCCCUUAUCUGCUCAGCCCAUGGCUCCAAGUCUGCCACCCCGACACCCGGGGAUUAGUGAACCGGAUCCAGAGGAAUACGAUGAUGUGGGCUUGAUUAAAACUGCUCCACCCCCACCACCCUCAACCGAAGGUCGACCACGGCUCGUGUCCAAGCCACAAGAUGACGAGAGCGAUGGUGAGACGUAUGAAGAACUAGAUGAACGAUGGGAAGCAGCAGAGCAAGAAUCGAAAGAAAAGCAGAAGGAGGAGAAAAAGCGACUGGAAGCUGAAAAGAAAGAGCAGAAAGAGAGAGAGAAGAAGGAGAACGAGGCCCGCAAAAAGUUUAAACUGGUGGGCCCCCUUGAGAAGAUGCACCAGGUCAAGGUGUUGGUGGAAUGCAAGGGCAGUAAGACGGACCUGGCCCUGAAGAAGGGGGACUGUGUGGACAUCAUUCGUGUCCAGGACAACCCGGAGGGGAAGUGGCUGGGUCGGCUGGCAAACGGCUCCAUCGGCUAUCUGAAGAACGACUGUGUGGAGGUGGACCUGCAGAGCUGGAAGCAGCAGCAGCAGGGCCCCCAGCCCCCCCAGGAGAUUGAUGAUCAGGAGGUUUACGACGAUGUGGACGUCUCCAACAACCACCCCGACAGUGGGAUCAGAGGAUCAAGAGUCAUUUUACCGCCGCCACCAGACGACACUGAGGAGAUAUAUGACGAUGCUAUCGAUGCCAGUCUGGACGUCAGCGUUUUGGAAGCUCCAAAGUCUUCUCCAAAGACUCUACUUCUACGGAUGUUUGAGAAGAAGAAACCUGCUGCCGGCGCAAAUGAAGUGCCUCCGCCCAGCCAGUUCACUGCGAAAGGACAACCAGGAGCAUUGAUCGAUGAUGAAAUCUACGACGAUAUUGACUCGCAGGUGGUUCCUCCUCCCCUCCCGGUCAGCAGUCAUCCACCAACAAAAAAAACUAAGAUGGAGGAAAUCGAUCCAAAGCGACAGAAAAAGUUGGAAAAAGAGGAAAAGGAAUUCAGAAAAAAGUUUAAAUAUGAAGGGGAGAUUCAGGUUCUUUACCAGGUGACCAUCAUACCUACAUUAACGCUGAAGAAGCUUAAUGGGAAAGAUCUGCCGGUGAAACCCGGGGAGACGCUUGAUGUCAUCGUGAAAGCCGUGGAUAACAAACUUGUUUGCCGCAACGAAGAGGGAAAAUUUGGCACUGUUCUAACCAGCCAUAUUGUCACAGACGAUGGGGACAUAUAUGACGACAUUGGAGACGAAUGCAUCUAUGACAACGACUGAAGGAAGACAAUAAACUGGGAUUUAUUUUCGACAGGCUUUGUUGAAUUAUUCCCUUUUGGUAUAACUUGUUUCAUGUUGUUUGAUUAUUUAUUACGUGCAAAGAUAUUACAACCAAUCACAAGAGCAGCAUUCUAAGGCCCCACACACACAAUUUUUUUUCCGUUUGGAUUCGUGUGGACGCCAGAUACGCAAACGAUGGCGUCAUCGCCCCCCCACCACGAAGGAAACUGUUCUUUUCAGCUCCCUAGCCAUGCACACCUUUCAACACUUAUGUUGAAACAACACACACACACACACCUAUAAUCCACUCAUGCAUACACACUCCACACUACGGACUUACUGACUUCCACAUCCCAUACUUUUAUUAUAAGUUGAGCACUUGGAUUGGUUUGAUUAAAAUACUUAUUUUGAUUGGGAAACUGUUGUCUCCCGUCUUUUUGUUGUGUAGCCUGGCGCCCCUAGGCCAGGUGCGUAACAAAGUUUGAUUUUUGUAGCUUUAAAUACAGCCCCUUGCUAAAUUGUAUUACUAACUCUAAAGUUAGUAAUACAUACAAUACUAAAAAGUAUUCUCUGCAAAAUCUAAAAGGUUUAAAAACUGCUUUCUACGCUUGUCUUCUUCUUUUAAUGGUGGAGAAUCAGCGCCACACAGUGGCCCUGAAUAUAUACCACAGCGUUUCUACAGCUAGAUGCGAUUUCGCAAUGAGUCUGUCUUUACGGAGAUAUUCCUGAAACGCAUCAAAGGAAAACGGAGGGGAAAAGAUUGUUGUCGCAAGUGUGGACGGGGCCUUAGGUAGAGCCGAUACUUGUACAGUCUCACACUGUGAGACUGUAUAAGUCUGACACUUGGUAUAUCUGGGGAAGGAGAUAUUGUGUUCAGUAAGCUACAAAUGCACAGACAAACUAAUUUUCUACUGUAAAAUAAAUAUUUAUCGCUGAAUAUUAUUUGCUGAACACACCACCUGAAAAGUAACUAACGAAAGUGGGGUUGUUGUCACCCUUUUGAAAUGUCACAACAUUAUUGUGAAUUUGGUUGAUUUUGUCAGUUAACUUCCUGUUUGAAAUAAAAAAAAUUAAAGCUA